AUGGACGUGGACGUGGACGUGGACGACGGACGUGGACGUGACGUGGACAUGGACGUGGACGUGGAGAUGGACGUGGACUGGGACGUGGACGUGGACCUGGACGUGGACUUGGACGUGGACAUGGACGUGGACGUGGACAUAGACUAUGGACGUGAACGUGGACGUGGACAUGGACGUGGACGUGGACAUGGACGUGAACGUGGACGUGGACGUGGACCUGGUCGUGGACGUGGACGUGGACGUGGACGUGGACUGGACGUGGAUGUGGACGUGGACGUGGACAUGGACGUAGACGUGGACGUGGACGUGGACAUGGACGUGGGCAUAGACGUGGACAUGGACGUGGACGUGGACAUGGACGUGGACGUGGACAUGGACGUGGACGUGGACAUGGACGUGGACGUGGACAUGGACGUGAACGUGGACGUGGACGUGGACGUGGACCUGGUCGUGGACGUGGACAUGGACGUGGACGUGGACGUGGACCUGGAUGUGGACGUGGACGUGGACAUGGACGUGGACGUGGACAUGGACGUGGACGUGGACCUGGUCGUGGACGUGGACGUGGACGUGGACCUGGACGUGGACGUGGACGUGGACGUGGACGUGGACAUGGACGUAGACGUGGACGUGGACGUGGACAUGGACGUGGACGUGGACGUGGACAUGGACGUGGACGUGGACAUGGACGUGGACGUGGACAUGGACGUGGACGUGGACAUGGACGUGGACGUGGACAUGGACGUGGACGUGGACAUGGACGACGUGGACGUGGACAUGGACGUGGACGUGGACAUGGACGUGGACGUGGACAUGGACGUGGACGUGGACAUGGACGUGGACGUGGACAUGGACGUGGACAUGGACGUGGACGUGGACGUGGACGUGGACAUGGACGUGGACGUGGACAUGGACGUGGACGUGGACGUGGACGUGGACAUGGACGUGGACGUGGACAUGGACACGGGACGUGGACGUGGACGUGGACAUGGACGUGGACGUGACGUGGACAUGGACGUGGACAUGGACGUGGACGUGGACAUGGACGUGGACAUGGACGUGGACGUGGACGUGGACAUGGACGUGGACGUGGACAUGGACGUGAACGUGGACAUGGACGUGGACCUGGUCGUGGACGUGGACGAGGACGUGGACCUGGACCAGGACGUGGACGUGGACGUGGACGUGGACAUGGACGUAGACGUUGACGUGGACGUGGACGUGGACGUGAACAUGGACGUGGACAUGGACGUGGACGUGGACAUGGACGUGGACGUGGACGUGGACGUGGACGUGGACGUGGACGUGGAGAUGGACGUGGACGUGGACGUGGACGUGGACAUGGACGUGGACGUGGACGUGGACGUGGACAUGGACAUGGACGUGGAAGUGGACGUGGACGUGGACGUGGACAUGGACGUGGACGUGGACAUGGACGUGGACGUGGACGUGGAGGACGUGGACGUGGAGGACUUGGACGUGGACGUGGACAUGGACGUGGACGUGGACGUGGACAUGGACGUGGAGGACUUGGACGUGGACGUGGACGUGGUCGUGGACGUGGACGUGGACGUGGACGUGGUCGUGGACGUGGACGUGGUCGUGGACGUGGACAUGGUCGUGGACGUGGACGUGGACGUGGAUGUGGACGUGUACGUGGACGUGGACAUGGACGUGGACGUGGACGUGGACGUGGACGUGGACAUGGACGUGGACAUGGACGUGGACAUGGACGUGGACGUGGACGUGGACGUGGUCGUGGACGUGGACGUGGACAUCGACGUGGACGUGGACAUGGACGUGGACGUGGACGUGAACGUGGACGUGGACAUGGACAUGGACGUGGACGUGGACGUGGACGUGGACGUGGACGUGGACUUGGACAUGGACGUGGCCGUGGACGUGGACGUGGACAUGGACGUGGACGUGGACGUGGACGUGGACGUGGACGUGGACCUGGACGUGGACGUGGACGUGGACGUGGACAUGGACGUAGACGUGGACGUGGACGUGGACAUGGACGUGGACGUGGACGUGGACUGGACGUGGACGUGGACGUGGACGUCGUGGACGUGGACGUGGACGUGGACCAUGGACGUGGAUGUGGACGUGGACGUGGACAUGGACGGGACGUGGACGUGGACAUGGACAUGGACGUGGACGUGGACGUGGUCGUGGACGUGGACGUGGACGUGGACUUGGACGUGGACGUGGACGUGGACGUGGACGUGGACAUGGACGUGGACGUGGACGUGGACGUGGACGUGGACUGGACAUGGACAUGGAUGUGGACGUGGACGUGGACGUGGACGUGGACGUGGACAUGGACGUGGACGUGGACUGGACAUGGACAUGGACGUGGACGUGGACGUGGACGUGGACGUGGACGUGGAGAUGGACGUGGACAUGGACGUGGACGUGGACGUGGACGUGGACGUGGACAUGGACGUGGACCUGGAUGUGGACGUGGACGUGGACGUGGACAUGGACGUGGACAUGGACGUGGACGUGGACCUAGACGUGGACGUGGACGUGGACGUGGAGGACUUGGAUGUGGACAUGGACGUGGACGUGGACGUGGACAUGGACGAGGACGUGGACGUGGACAUGGACGUGGAGGACUUGGACGUGGACGUGGACAUGGUCGUGGACGUGGACCGGGACGUGGACGUAGACGUGGACGUGGACGUGGUCGUGGACGUGGACAUGGUCGUGGACGUGGACGUGGACGUGGAUGUGGACGUGGACGUGGACGUGGACGUGGACGUGGACAUGGACGUGGACGUGGACGUGGACGUGGACGUGGACAUGGACGUGGACAUGGACGUGGACGUGGACGUGGACGUGGACAUGGUCGUGGACGUGGACGUGGACGUGGACGUGGACGUGGACGUGGACGUGGACGUGGACGUGGACAUGGACGUGGACGUGGACCUAGACCUGGACGUGGACAUGGACGUGGACAUGGACGUGGACGUGGACGUGGACGUGGACAUGGACGUGGACGUGGACAUGGACGUGGACGUGGACGUGGACGUGGACGUGGACAUGGAGGUGGACGUGGACAUGGACGUGAACGUGGACGUGGACGUGGACGUGGACCUGGUCGUGGACGUGGACAUGGACGUGGACGUGGACGUGGACCUGGACGUGGACGUGGACGUGGACAUGGACGUGGACGUGGACGUGGACAUGGACAUGGACGUGGACGUGGACGUGGACGUGGACCUGGACGUGGACUUGGACGUGGACAUGGACGUGGACGUGGACAUAGACAUGGACGUGGAUGUGGACGUGGACAUGGACGUGGACGUGGACAUGGACGUGAACGUGGACGUGGACGUGGACGUGGAACCUGGUCGUGGACGUGGACGUGGACGUGGACGUGGACCUGGACGUGGGGAUGUGGACGUGGACGUGGACGUGGACGUAGACGUGGACGUGGACGUGGACGUGGACAUGGACGUGGGCAUAGACGUGGACAUGGACGUGGACGUGGACAUGGACGUGGACGUGGACAUGGACGUGGACGUGGACAUGGACGUGGACGUGGACAUGGACGUGAACGUGGACGUGGACGUGGACGUGGACCUGGUCGUGGACGUGGACAUGGACGUGGACGUGGACGUGGACCUGGACGUAGACGUGGACGUGGACAUGGACGUGGACGUGGACAUGGACGUGGACGUGGACCUGGUCGUGGACGUGGACGUGGACGUGGACCUGGACGUGGACGUGGACGUGGACGUGGACGUGGACAUGGACGUAGACGUGGACGUGGACGUGGACAUGGACGUGGACGUGGACGUGGACAUGGACGUGGACGUGGACGUGGACGUGGACGUGGACAUGGACGUGGACGUGGACAUGGACGUGGACGUGGACAUGGACGUGGACGUGGACAUGGACGUGGACAUGGACGUGGACGUGGACGUGGACGUGGACAUGGACGUGGACGUGGACGUGGACGUGGACGUGGACAUGGACGUGGACGUGGACAUGGACGUGGACGUGGACAUGGACGUGGACGUGGACAUGGACGUGGACGUGGACAUGGACGUGGACGUGGACAUGGACGUGGACAUGGACGUGGACGUGGACGUGGACGUGGACAUGGACGUGGACGUGGACAUGGACGUGGACGUGGACGUGGACGUGGACAUGGACGUGGACGUGGACAUGGACGUGAACGUGGACGUGGACGUGGACGUGGACCUGGUCGUGGACGUGGACGUGGACGUGGACGUGGACCUGGACGUGGACGUGGACGUGGACGUGGACGUGGACGUGGACGUGGACAUGGACGUAGACGUGGACGUGGACGUGGACGUGGACAUGGACGUGGACGUGGACGUGGACAUGGACGUGGACAUGGACGUGGACGUGGACAUGGACGUGGACAUGGACGUGGACGUGGACGUGGACAUGGACGUGGACGUGGACAUGGACGUGAACGUGGACAUGGACGUGGACCUGGUCGUGGACGUUGACGAGGACGUGGACCUGGACCAGGACGUGGACGUGGACGUGGACGUGGACGUGGACAUGGACGUAGACGUUGACGUGGACGUGGACGUGGACGUGGACAUGGACGUGGACAUGGACGUGGACGUGGACAUGGACGUGGGCAUAGACGUGGACGUGGACGUGGACGUGGACAUGGACGUGGACGUGGACGUGGACUGGACGUGGACGUGGACGUGGAGGUGGACGUGGACGUGGACGUGGACGUGGAGAUGGACGUGGACGUGGACGUGA